CCAAAACAUAAUGCGCCGUAGCUGCAUAUGAAUGUCAUCCCGGGCGCAUAAAAGUGCAGCAGUUUCUUCUUAAUUUUUAUCUCACGGGUUCUUCUAUUUCGUCUCGAGACGUUUAGUAUAACAAAGAGCUUUAACAAAGUAGGCAUAGUAUUCCUGUUCCAGUGGCUACAGUGAAGCAGAGUAGCAUUAGAAGCACAGUUUUUGCUUCCAUCAUCAGCAGCUAUUCGUUAUUCCCAGACGGUGCAUUCACAAUGUCGCUCUAUCCGUCGCUAGAAGAUAUGAUGGUGGACAAAAUGGUCCAGUCACAAAACACGGCCAUCGCAACGGCUGUGGCGCAACAGCAGCAGCAGCAACAAUACCAGCCUUACCCACCGUCGGCACCUGCUACGAAGGAUGCUUACGGUGGUUUGUAUCCCAACUUCACCGAUGCAAACCGUCCCACGCCUCCGGUGGGUGCAGCCGGCCUUAUGUAUCCCGAUCUGUACGAAUACAUGGGCCUGGAGCUUUCGAAGGAAAUGAUCCAUGCGAACCUUCCACAGUACGUGCCACAGGCGACCGUUCCCUCUACCGCGAUCGUACAGCAACAGUCGGCCGUCGCGAUCGUGAACAAUGCUAAUAUGGUCGCACCCGUUUCGGGUCACUUUACCGGGCUGCAGCGUGGUCAGGUGACUAAUGGAAUACGCGAGCUCAUCAUGUGCAAGGGUGCGGACAAGAAAGUUGGCCUUCGGGUGCAGGCAAUCAAUAAGGGCAUUUUUGUGUGCGUGGUCGUCAAGAACAGUCCGGCCGCAAUGGCCGGGCUACGUUUCGGUGAUCAGAUACUGCAGAUCAAUGGUACGCUGGUGGCAGGCUUCUCCGUCGACGAUGUGCACAAGCUGCUGAAGAAGAGCGACAGCAAUAACAUCUCGGUGGUGGUGCGCGAUCGACCCUUCGAGCGUGCCAUCACCCUGCACAAGGACUCAUCCGGUAGCUUCGGUUUCCAGUUCAACAACGGUACGAUCACGGCCAUCGUGAAGGACUCGUCGGCGGCUCGCAACGGGCUCAUCAUCGAUCAGCAGCUGCUCGAGGUAAACGGUCAGAACGUAAUCGCGAUGAAGGACAAAGAAAUCGGGCAGCUGAUCAGUGCUUCGGAGCAAGUCAUCACGCUCACGAUCGUACCGAAGAUGAUCUACGACGUGAUGAUGAAGAAGCUGUCCACGUCGUGGUUGCGGGGCAAGAUGGAUCAUUCGGUGCCGGAUUUUUAAAAUCUACAAAAACUCAAAGUUAAACAGUUUUCCCAGUAAGAUUUUCCAAUUUUGCAGCCAAGCCGUAUAGGUAAGCACGAGAAACUCAGGAUAAGAAACCGCAGGAAUAACCAAAGUAUUUUUUUUUGGAACUAAAAAUGCACCGAACGGGAAAAUGGAAAGUGAAUCUUAACCAACGAUUUUUAACGAUUUUAGCAGAGAGAGGGAGAGAUAGGGAGAGAGAGAGUUAGCGAGAGCCAAGGGCGGAUAGUGACGCGUUUACGUAUGUUCCCAUUCGUUGUUACACCACCCUCCACUAUGACACGUCUGCCAUCUAUAUGUUUGCAAAGCAUAGUUUAUCGUAUUCGUAUGUAUAUCGUAUAUUAUUCGUCCCUUCGUAUGAUCGGUGCACAUCUAUUACAUGUAUAUUAUGGUUUGAAUGCCAUUGAAUAAAAGAACUACAUAUUAUCAUCACUUUAA